AUGGCAAGUAGUACAAACUCUCGCAUCCACCACCCUACUGACACACCCGGACAGUCUUCCCCCAUCCCCCCGACCUCAUCGCAGACACGGAGCAAGAGGCGCCGCAGCGUGUCGUCUGCGGCCGACUCGACGGGCGCGGGGCCAUCCGGCCUCGGCGGCGGCGCGGCGCGCUCGUCCUCCCCGCCACCGUCGUCUCUGCCCCCUUCGUCCCCUCCCGCCCCGUUCUCGGACUUUAGCGACGACGAAGUAGGCGACGACGAGGAGGACAUGCGCGCGCGUGGACGGCGCGACGCCGCCGCCGACGACGACGACGAAGACGACGAGGGCGAGGACCUGUUCAACGACAACGUCGUGCGCGACUACGAGUCCAACGCCGACCUCGACCGCUACUCUGAUGCCGAUAUCGACGACCGCUCGUCCCUGCCCGAGAUGUCGCGCACCGAGCGCCUCGCCGCCGAGCGCGAGAUGGCCCGCCGUGAUCGCGGACUGCCGGGUACGCGUGCUGCGCGCCGCGGUCGCGUCCCGACGUUCCUCCAGAGCGACGACGACGACGACGGAGGCUACGAUGGCGGGCUUCUCAGCGGCAUCAACACGCGCCGCGCUCGUCGCCACUACGACGAGCGUAUUGAGGAGGACGACGUCGAGGAUGAUGAUGAAAUGUCGCUUGAGCACCUUGGCGACAUCAAGGCGUCGUCCAUCGCCGAGUGGGUCGCCGUCCCGUCGGUCCGCCGCGCGAUCCAGAAGCACUUCAAGUCGUUCCUCAUGACCUAUGUCGACGCCAACGGCCAGUCGGUCUACGGACAGAGGAUCAAGCACCUCGGUGAAGUCAACUCCGAGUCGCUCGAGGUGUCGUACCUUCAGCUCGCAAAGUCGCGUCCCAUCCUCGCCUACUUCUUGUCCAACUCGCCCCAGCCGAUGCUCACAAUCUUCGACGAGGUCGCGCUCGAGGCUAUUCUGCUCUACUACCCCUCGUACGACCGCAUCCACUCGGAGAUUCACGUCCGCAUCAUCGAGUUCCCGGCCGCCAUGACACUCCGCGGCCUGCGCCAGGAGAACCUCAACACGCUCGUUCGCGUCUCGGGUGUCGUCACCCGCCGCACGGGUAUCUUCCCGCAGCUCAAGUAUGUCAAGUUUGACUGUGGCAAGUGCGGCACGACCCUCGGCCCGUUCUACCAGGACACGACCAAGGAGCUCAAGAUCAGCUUCUGCCCCAACUGUACCGCUCGCGGACCGUUUACUGUCAACUCUGAGCAGACCGUGUACCGCAACUACCAGAAGAUGACUCUCCAGGAGUCGCCCGGCUCAGUUCCUGCUGGUCGUCUUCCCCGCCACCGCGAGGUUAUCCUCCUCUGGGACCUGAUCGACUGUGCCAAGCCUGGAGACGAGGUCGAGGUCACCGGCAUCUACCGCAACAACUUUGACGCGUCGCUCAACUCGAAGAACGGCUUCCCCGUCUUCUCGACCGUCCUCGAGGCCAACAACAUUACCAAGAAGGAGGACAUUUACGCGUCCAUCAACCUCACCGAGGAGGACAAGAAGACGAUCCGCGCCCUCGCCAAGGACGACCGCAUUGCCAAGCGCAUCGUCAAGUCGAUUGCCCCGUCCAUCUACGGCCACGACGACAUCAAGACUGCCAUUGCCCUCUCUCUUUUCGGCGGUCUGUCCAAGGAUGUCAACGGCAAGCACCGUAUCCGUGGUGACAUCAACGUUCUGCUCCUCGGUGACCCCGGUACUGCCAAGUCGCAGUUCCUCAAGUACGUCGAGAAGACUGCCAACCGUGCCGUGUUCACUACCGGCCAGGGUGCCAGUGCCGUCGGUCUCACCGCGUCGGUCCGCAAGGACCCCGUCACGCGCGAGUGGACUCUGGAGGGUGGUGCGCUGGUGCUUGCCGACAAGGGACACUGCCUCAUCGACGAGUUUGACAAGAUGAACGACGCCGACAGGACAUCGAUUCACGAGGCCAUGGAGCAGCAGAGCAUCUCCAUCUCCAAGGCGGGUAUCGUCACGACUCUCCAGGCGCGCUGUGCCAUUGUCGCCGCUGCCAACCCUAUUGGUGGCCGUUACAACCCCACCAUUCCGUUCCAGCAAAACGUCGAGCUCACCGAGCCCAUUCUGUCGCGUUUCGACGUCCUCUGUGUCGUCAAGGACGCUGUCGACCCGGUCCAGGACGAGAUGCUCGCGCAGUUUGUCGUCAGCAGCCACAUGCGAUCGCACCCCGAGUUCAAGAACGACUCGGACGAGAUCAACACGACUACGGCCGUGGACGCAGACAUCAUCCCCCAGGAUCUCCUUCGCAAGUACAUCAUGUACGCCAAGCAGCUCAAGCCUCGACUGGAGAACCUGGACCAGGACAAGCUGGCCAACCUGUACGCCGAGCUGCGUCGCGAGUCGCUUGCCACGGGUUCGUUCCCCAUCACGGUGCGCCACCUGGAAAGCAUGAUCCGCAUGUCCGAGGCGUCUGCCAAGAUGCACCUCCGCGACUAUGUGCGUCUCGACGACAUCAACCUGGCCAUCCAGGUUACUGUGGGCUCGUUUGUGCAGGCGCAGAAGAUGAGCAUCAAGAAGACGCUCGAGCGCGGCUUCAGGAAGUAUGUCCACCACGCGACCGACGACAACGAGCUGCUGUCGUUCCUCCUUGGCAACAUUGUCAAGGACAAGGCGAGGUUGUACGCCGCCCAGCACCAGGGCCAGCACCCCGAGAAGAUUACCGUGCGCGUCGCGCAGCUCGAGGACCGGGCAAAGGAGAUGGAACUGUACGACGUUCAGCCGUUUAUGCGGUCGGCGCUGUUCAAGGCGAAUGGGUACGCGUUCACCGCUGGCGAGGGCCACGGCACGAUUACCAAGACGUUUGCCGUCACGGCGUCCGAGUAG